AUGUCGACGACAGUCCUCGAAGGACCAGUGCCGGGGCCUUCUACAUCCAACCGACGCAGGCGAACUUCCCCAGAGGUCAUCGAUGUCGACGAGUUCGACGGCGACGACGUCCAAAUCGUCGGCAACUCUAGGCCAGCCCAGCGUAGACGACUAGACUAUGCAGAAUGGGUGGCCGACAACGACGAUGCGCAAGCUACUGCAGCCCGAGUACGCCGUCUGUCUCCCCGCCGCAUCGCCAGACAACGCUCUCGCGUCUUCUCACCCGCACCACGCCCUGUAGACAGAUCAGUUCCGCCAGUCCCGCCACUUCCCCCUUAUCUCGCCAGGGAGCAUAUGCCUCCAAUGCGAAUGAGACCCCCGCCGUUUCCUGGAGAGCCUGGCCCGGUUCGUCCCAGUGCCCAGCCUUUAGCUUUUGAAGCUAAUAUCAGCGCCCCCAUCCGGCGCGUGCAGUCACCUCCGCCUGCUGCUGCCCCACCAUCCCACCACCAUCCCGUCAUGGGUUUUGGUGGCGCCCUUCUCGCGCUUAAUCGGCAGAAUGCCGUUGCAGAGAAUAUUGCCGCCCAAAGACAGCAGGAUACCUUACGACGAAGACAGCAGGCGAUGGAAGCGCGGAGCAAUAACUACCGGAUGUCCUGGAAUCUGCCCUCUCUGGCUCAGGCAACAGGAUUCUUCGCUGACAUGUUUCGCGGUUUUGCCCCUCAUCCUCAGCGUCAUCAGGACGGUCCUCUCAUGGAAGAAGACCGUUUCCACGACUGGAUGGACUUCAUGGGAGGUUUGGGGUAUGAUGAGGACCAAGAAGCCUUCGAUUUUCCCUGGGGAAGGGGACACGGCCCUUUCCCGCACCCAUACCGUCGUGAACGACGAGCCGAGAUCGACUACAAGCCGGAGUACACCCAUCCUGGGAAGCCUGAGCCAGGGUUCUCGUUCGAUUUCAAUCCUCCCGCUCCUCCGUCCAAGUCAGUCAUUGUCAUAGACGACUCGCCUGGACCUAGCACAAGUGGGAGCUUGUCCGCGGAGGAGACGAGCAGUGUUCUGGUGUGUGCUCGCUGCUUGGAUCCCCUAAUCAUGGGCAGUGGCUCCGAAACAAGCGAGGAGGCACAACGGAAGAGACGCAUCUGGGCUUUACGAUGCGGCCACAUGCUGGAUGGUAAAUGCAUCGAAGUGUUAAUGAAGCCUGGACCGGAACGUCUACAGGAUGAAGCGGAGCAAACGGCAGAAAAAGACAAAGGCAAGGCACCUGCCUCAGCUCCGUCAGAGGCAUCGCCGCCGACGAAAUACACAGGGAAGGGUAAGGCGAAGGCCACUCCCGUUCCAGAUUCGAGUAGCGCAAUCCAAGAAGAUGCUGCAUACAACACUGCCUCUUUUGUGCCUGUCGGGGAUUCUGCCAGACCUGAAGCAGGAGCCGGUAGCACCUCUAUACGCUCUCGACUUAGGAGUCAUAAUGCCCUGGCACCUGGACCUGAGGCCCCCGUCCCCACUAACACUGCUCCGCGCCGCGCUCACGCUGCUCCAGCAAGACCUAUGCGACGUCUUCCUCGUCGGUCGCGAGCUGUGGGAACGGAGUCUACCGGCAAUCCACCUGCGCCUGCACCCGCGCGUGGUAGAGGCAAAGGGAAGGCAAAGGCUCGACAGCCUGUCGUGGAACGCUUGUACGAGUGGACAUGUCCGGUCGCUGGCUGUGGGAAAGUCCAUGCGACUUUGUUGAUAGACGGGAAGUGGACGGCGGAUCCUGAGAGGGGUGUUAUUGCAUUUUCGACGCCCAAGAUGCUCUCGCAAACUUUCCGCCGUACGCUCGCCACUGCUGCCGCAAACAGCUCACGACGAGCGAACGGUGUGGCCCUUGUGACAGGUGCCGGACAAGGGAUUGGGAAGGCCAUCGCUACUCGCCUAGCCUCAGAUGGCUUCCACAUCGCAUUGAACGAUAUUCCCAUGAAUGAAGAGAAACUCGACGGUGUCGCCAAAGAGAUUCAUGGACUCAGCGGCCGGAAGACCACCAAAGUACUGGCCGACGUCUCGAAAGAACGUGAUGUGAAGCAGAUGUUCGAUAAUACUGUGAAGGACCUCGGCGGCCUCGACGUCAUGGUCGCUAACGCGGGAAUCGCAAUCAUUGCCCCGCUACACGACACUACUGUGGAGAUGUGGGACAAGACGUUUGCCAUCAACUGCAGGGGGGUUAUGCUCUGCUACAAACACGCCGCGGAGGUCAUGAAGAAGCAAGGGCGUGGGGGCCGUAUCAUAGGCGCUUGCUCGAUAGCAGGCAAGAGAGGUGAUCCGGACUCCGGAGCAUACUGCGCCUCGAAGUUUGCUGUUCGCGGUUUGUCCCAGACCGCGGCGCUUGAGCUUGCGCCGUUUGGAAUCAACGUGAACUGUUAUGCGCCGGGGGCUAUCCAAACGGAUUUGUUGGAAGAUAUCGAUAGAGUUUUCACGGAAACGGAGAAAGAAGCGAGGGGUAGGUGGCUGCAAAAGCGAGCUGUUGGCGUCCCCCUAGGAAGGCUAGGUCAGCCCACCGAUGUGGCAAGUAUAGUAUCGUUCCUGGCAGGGCCCGACUCCACAUUCGUGACAGGACAAACCAUCACAGUAGACGGAGGCACCCUCUUCGACUAG